AUGGAGCCCUUCAAUGACCAGUUUCUGGAAUUCCACCCCAUCCACGGCGCCAACGUGAGGCUGGACCGGUCGGGGACCCAGGCCACCCGCGUGGAGAGCUUCGCUAACGGAGUCUGCUUCAGUAAAGCCCCCCUGAAGCCCGGGGAGAUCUUCCUCGUCGAGAUCGAGGACAAAGAGCUGGGCUGGUGCGGACACCUCCGGGUGGGCCUGACGUCCCGGGACCCCAGGAGCCUGGAGGUGGUCCCGGAGUACUCCAUCCCCGACCUGACGGACUCGGGGGACAGCUGGAUCUUCGCCAUCACUCGUAACCACAACAAGGUGAUCGAAAGCGUGGAAGAUCCAGAAAACGGAGAGGAAGAGCCGGCUGGAGGACGGAGGCUUGGGCGAGGAGAGGACGAGGACGGAGGAGGUCCAGGAGACGGAGGAGGUCCAGGAGACGGAGGAGGUCCAGGAGACGGAGGAGGUCCAGGAGACGGAGGAGGUCCAGGAGAGAACAACACGAAGCCAAAGACUUUCUUUACCGACACUCACUUGUACAUCGAGAACAUUCGGAUCCCCAGAGACAAGCUGGUGGGUCGCAGUCGUCCCGGGCGCUUCAGCCACAUCCUGGACGACUUGUACAAAACCAACGCGCUGCCCCCCACGGCCCGGCGCAGCCGGAUCGGCGUGCUCUACGUGCCCAAAGGCCCCCUGCUGGGCGACAUGCACAUCGUCAUCAACGGCGAGGACAUGGGCGCCUCGGCCAAGGACAUCCCCACCGUCCAGCCUCUCUACGCCGUGGUGGACGUCUUCGCCGCCACCAAGUGUGUCCGGAUCGUCCAGGUGGAGUAUGGAUUCGCGUCCCUGCAGACGUUGUGCAGGAAGACCAUUCAGAAGCACAUCGUCCACAGGAUGGCCAUCGACUGGCUGGCGCUGCCCGAAGCGCUCAAACACUACUGCAAGUAUGAGUGAAGAAUACACACCUGAGUGGAGAACACACACCUGGAACGGACUCUCUCUCUCUCUCUCUCUCUCUCUCUCUCUCUCUCUCUCUCUCUCUCUCUCUCUCUCUGAGAAACUUUUGUUCGCCUCUACGAUGGAAGUCACGGCGUGAUUCACUGGUGAAAUGAAUCACGGUCUGGUUGGAGUUGAUGUCGAUGCCUCAAAAUGUCACUAAAGAUUGAAAUAAACCAACAGCAUCGGGUUAUCCGUCUGUUUAUCAGGUUUCCAUUACUGAGGAGUUCUGUGUAGCAGACAUUCCUUCUAUCAAAUCCUGCUCAAUAGCAGCAUUUCUCUGAUGGAAAUAAAAAAGAA